AUGGAAAAUCUCGAGUCAAAACGACGAGAAGAUGUUGAAGGCCAAAAGCUGGCCGACGUAAGUUGUUAUCCGAGCUCUAACAGGGAUCUAUAUGACAUCUCUGAAGGCUCGGCUGACUGUCCACGUGCCCAGGCUAGAGAUUUCCUCAGGAUCGGAAUAGCAACGCCUACUCGUAACGUAACUUUGCUCUGCUUCUUAUGGAAAGCCAUCACAAUCGAAACUUGGAUCAUGGAAAACGUACAGAGAAUGCCCAGUGGAGGCUAUGAUUACAGCCCACAGUCGCUGUCGGCGUUCAUUAAAAAAUAUCUCAUCUUCACCAGGAAGCUAAAUUCCUAUGAAGCUAGGGAUGUUGCCAAAUUUACUCAACUGAAGUGUAAAUUGGCAGAUCUGGAAGCGACGAAGAACCUGUCAAAUUAUGACUACCAGCCAAGCGCGUUGAUUGCGAGGUAUGAUGAGGUCAUGUCCAAGUGGUACGACCUACGUCAUAAAUCGGAUGAAUGGAGGAUACGAUUGAGAAGUGCGUUUAAAGUGUACAAGACUAAAAACUUACAAAAGCAAUUUGCUAUAAGGGUCGAAAGGGUGCAUUCGUUCUUUGCGGCCAUUAACGAGGGCCUCAGCAGGCCUAGAGCCAGCAAGUCACAGGACGAAUUGACGAAACUACGCAAUUCUAUGAUGGACAUGAAACAGGCACUUGAAGCUCUUCGUAAGUUCAAUGAGCAACUAGUUCAUCUCGAUGCAUUGGGCAAUCCACAUACAGAUAUUACAGUAGCAUCACUCGAAAACAGUUGGGAAAAGCUAAUGAAGCUUAUUAACGGAUGCCAAUAUGAAGGGAAUCAACAAAGCAUCAGCUGCGAAACAAAAGGACACCCAUUGAAGUUUUGGCUUUUCCGCCUCUUAGCGUUCUCCAAAUAG